AUGGCCGCGCCUAACAACCCCUUCUACCACGCCACCCCGCCCGCCGACUCCUUCCAGCUGCUGCCCGAGUCGCAAAAGGCCGGCGAGGCAGAGGACGCCCUGUACGAGGCUCAGAUCAAGGAGGUCGAGGCUUGGUGGUCGUCGCCCCGGUUCGCCGGCAUCAAGCGGCCCUACAGCGCGGCCGAUGUCGUCUCCAAGCGCGGCACCCAGAACAUCUCGUAUCCGAGCUCAGUCAUGGCCACCAAGCUCUUCAACCUGAUCCGCGAGCGCCAGUCCAGGGGCGAGCCCAUCCACACCCUCGGCGCCAUCGACCCCGUCCAAAUGACACAGCAGGCCCCCCAUCAGGAAGUCCUCUACAUCUCCGGCUGGGCAUGCUCCUCGCUCCUCACCUCCACCAACGAGGUCUCGCCCGACUUUGGCGACUACCCCUAUAACACGGUCCCCAACCAGGUCCAGCGCCUGGCCAAGGCACAGUCGAUGCACGACCGCAAGCAGUGGGACGCGCGCCGCAAGCUCUCGGCCGACGAGCGUGCAAAGACACCCUACGUCGACUAUCUGCGUCCCAUCGUUGCCGACGGCGACACGGGCCACGGCGGCCUCUCGGCCGUGCUCAAGCUGGCCAAGCUGUUUGCGGAGAACGGCGCGGCGGCCGUCCACUUCGAGGACCAACUGCACGGCGGCAAAAAGUGCGGCCACCUCGCGGGCAAGGUGCUGGUGCCGACGGGCGAGCACAUCAACCGCCUCAACGCCGCGCGCUUCCAGUGGGACGUCAUGGGCUGCGAGAACCUCGUCAUUGCCCGCACCGACUCCGAGUCGGGCAAGCUGCUAUCCUCGGCCAUUGACGUGCGCGACCACGAAUUCAUCCUCGGCGUCGCUGAUCCGGCUAUCGAGCCCCUUGCCGAGGCCAUGCAGGCCAUGGAGGCCCGCGGUGCGUCGGGCGCCGACAUUGACGCCUUUGAGGCCAAGUGGGUUGCCGGCACCCGGCUCAUCACCUUUGACGAGGCCGCCGAGGCGCACAUGCGCAGCCAGGGCGUCGGCCAGGACAAAGUCGAAGAGUACCGCGCCGCCACGGCCGCCGACCGCGACAUGGGCAUCACGCGGCGCCGCGCGCUGGCCGCCCACUACGCCGGGUCGCCAGUCUACUUCAAUUGGGACGUGCCGCGCACGCGCGAGGGUUACUACCACUUCCGCGCGGGCAUGGCGGCCGCCACCAAGCGCGCGCUCGCCUUUGCGCCCUACGCUGACCUGCUCUGGGUCGAGACGGGCGACCCAUCGGUCGAUGUGGCCACACGCCUGGGCCGCGCCGUGCGCGACGCUCACCCGGCCAAGGGCCUCGUGUACAACCUGUCACCGUCGUUCAACUGGAUGGCACACGGCUUCACGCCCGAGACGCUGCGCAGCUUCGUCUGGGACAUUGCGCGCGAGGGCUUCGUGCUGCAGCUCGUCUCGCUCGCGGGGCUGCACUCGACGGCCGCCGCGUCGACGGAGCUGGCGCGCGCGUUCCGUGCCGACGGCAUGAAGGCCUACGUCGACCUGGUGCAGCGCCGCGAGAAGGACCUCGGCUGCGAAGUGCUGACGCACCAGAAGUGGAGCGGCGCGAGCUACAUUGACGGCAUACUCGGGGCCAUUCAGAGCGGCAGCUCGAGUAGUAAGAGCAUGGGCAAGGGCAACACCGAGGGCCAGUUUGACUAG